CGGUUAAAAGGUAACAGGUUGCCCUCGGAGGUCAGUUUGCUCAGUCAUGGAAGUUGGUACUUAAUGAAGGAAAGGUACAGAAGCGGAUAGAAAGCGCACCACUGAAAUAUUCACGCACUUCACACCGCCUGUUCUGUAGCAUGUCCGCAUCAGCCUCGGGUCGAAAAACCCCAGUGGAUUACGGGGUUCAGAUCCGCUUCAUAAAUGACCUGCAUGAUACAGGAGGUGGUGGUGGUGGUGGACGCCGAGACGGCUCGGGGAAAUCCUCGUCCCGCUAUGGCGUGGCCGUCAGGGUGCAGGGCAUCGCAGGCCAGCCAUAUGUAAUGCUUAAGGAUGGGAGGAAAGGAGACUCCUACGGAGUGCAGCUUCGCACUCCAAAUUAUAGCAGCUUGCCCAGGAGGCGGGAAGAUGUAACAGAGGACAGUCAGCUUCUUUCCACCACAGACGGCAGCGUGUUGCGCCGGGCUCAGUCUCACGGCUCUCUGCUGGACCGAGAGAGUGACUACAACGACUCCGUCGACGAGUUCAGGCGCCCGAAUGGAGACGGGCGCUCUGGCAGCUACGGCAACUUGGACAGCGGGAUCGGCGGAGGGAUGGAGAGGAACCGCUGGGGAGGCUCCCAGCAAGCAGCGCUGAACGGGAAGGAAGAUCUACGAGGACUAAACAGCUGCUACGGAUCUUCUUCCGGCGCUCCGUACGACAGACGCACCAACAGCGUAAAAAGCAGUUCUGCAGGACAAACCGGCAGCGUCAAAGGAUCCUCCAGGGGUCGCACUACUGGCGGCAGUACAGGAAACGGUGCCAAUGCUGUAACUAACGCUGCAACCGUCCUUACUUCUGCACAGUUGGUGUCUCCAAAUGAAUACAUUUCUCCUCCAUCGUCCUCACCUGCUUCAGUUUACAACAAACCGAGCCGAACCUCUGGAUCAGUGGCCAAGACUGCAGCCGUGCCUUCGUCCGGUUUAAAUAACAAUCGGUCAGCAGUAGAUGCGCAUGUGACUCCUGAUCUUUUGUUAGAUCAAAGCCAGAGCUCGGGGUCGGAGUUCAGCAGCGAGGAGGAUCAGAUCCAGCAGAUAAUCUACAGCGUUCUGCGGCAGGGGAGCAGCGAUAGCGACGCUACAAUCAAGCGCAGAGUCCGAGUUAUCUGUGAUAAGAUCCAGGGGCUGAAGAUGAACAGCUCAGACCCUGCACUUAAGGAAGAGCUGGAACAGUGUCUGGAUGAAAAUAUUAAUCUGCAGGAACAGCUGAGCAGGAAGACAGCCGAGUUGGAUCAGACGCAUUCUGAGAUAAUUCAGUUACGUAUGGAACGAGAGAAUGCAGAGUCUCAUGUCAGACAGCUAGAGGACCAUCUGACAGGGCUGCAAGAGGAGCUGAGGAGAGACACGGACAACAGGGUCGAGACCGACGCCAUGCAAUCUGAGCUGCUGGCGUUGCGCAACGAGCUGGUUGAAAUGGCAGCACGGCAUCAGAGACAGGAGGACACGCUGCGGCAGAGAGAGCGAGAGCUGACCGCACUAAAAGGCGCCCUAAAGGAGGAGGUGUCCACUCAUGACCGGGAUAUGGAGACUCUUCGACAACAGUACAACCAAGACAUGGAGAAACUAAGAACAAACAUGGCACAGGUUUCACAGUCUCAGGCAAGCAUUGAAGCGGAGCGCCAGCGUGUGAACUCUACAGUCCGGAACCUACAGCAGCAGUUGGAGGAGAGCAAAGAGGAAGCCGGCCACUGGAGAGAGCAGUUCCAGAGCACCAGGGAUGAGCUUCGCAACACCAAACAAGAGCUUCUUCAGGCUCGUUUAGAUAAAGAAGAGUUUGAAGAGGAGCUAAAGGAGCUGCAGGAGAGACUGAACACGAUGAAACGGCAGAUUCCCGAUGUCAAACAAAAUGAAACCUUCAACCAGGAGUUAGAACGCUGCCGUGCAUCCCUGAAGCAAGCAGUAGCCGAGGUCGAGAAACUAAAGCGGGACCUCGACAAGAAAACUAUGGAAAUCAUUUCCCUGAAAAAGGGCAAUCAGGAGCUUGAUGCCGAGCAAAAGUACGAGAUCAACAGGCUAAAGGAGCAAGCACGGAAAGAUAAAGAGGAGCUGGCUAAAGUUCAUGAGAAAACCAAGCAGCUUGCUGAUCCUGCAUUAGUGGAGUCUCUGCGUGAGGAAAUGCGUGUGGUUCGCAGCGAGUCGGAGCGUCUGCGCAGUCACCUGCUUUUGGCUGAGGAGGAUCUGAAGAAGGAGAAGGAGCGAUUUACCUCAUCGCAAACAGAAAUGAACACUGUCUCUGGUGAACGAGAGGCGCUGGAGGAGGCUCAAACACGCCUCAAAGACAAACUUGCACGUCUGGAGUCCAUGCUGCAGGAACAAGCUUCGCAGAACCUUGAGGCAGAGCAGGAGCUGCAGCUGGAGAACAGGAAGCUGAGGCAACAGCUGGAUGAGGGCAAACGCAGCAACACCAAACUGAGCCAGGAAAGAGACGAACUGUCCCAAGCACUGGAGGAGCGAGACAGGGAGAGGGAUGCUCUCCGCAAAGACAGCGCACAGCUUGACGAACAAAAGAAACGGCACGAGAAAAUAGUGGACAAGCUCAACAAAGAGAUCGAGCGCUUGGCUGCUGAUUCGAAUGUGUCUGUGCGGCUGGUUCAGUCUCAAUUCGAUGAGCAGAAAGAAAAGUGGAAGAAGGAGCAGCAGGAUCUGCAGAAGCUCAACAAGGAGAAAAUCAGUGAGCUGGAAAAAACCCAGAUAAUUGUUCGUUCUCUCCAGGAGGAGUUGUCUCGUCAGAAGAAAGAGGUGCAGUCGUACUGUGAGGAAAAAGAUAAUGCUGUUCUGGACAGAGAGAUGCUCCUCAACCGCAUCAGAUUCCUAGAGGGAGAGCUAGAGAGUCAACACAACACAUUCAACGAUCGAUCCCGUGACGUCCGGAGCAUGGAGGACAAAGUGAAGCGCCUGGAGCUGGAGCUGGACGAGGAAAAGAACAGCGUGGAGCUUCUGACCGACCGAGUCACCAGGAGCCGAGACCAGAUUGAGCAGAUGCGUUCAGAGCUAAUGCAGGAAAGAUCAUCCAAGCAAGACCUAGAGCUGGACAAAAAUGCCCUGGAGAGACAGCUAAAGGAGUAUAAAUCACGUAUAAAAGAAAUGGAGGGUCAGUCUCGUAGUUCCACUAAUGUUUCCCAGUUAGAGAGCAAACUGCAGGAUAUGGAGGAACGGCUCCGUAAUGAAGAAAGAGAUAAAACCGCAGCACUGUCCUCACAACGCCGCCUGGAGAGGAAGCUGAAAGAGAUGACCAUGACUCUGGAUGAGGAUAGGCAGCAGAUCAUUGAGCAAAGAGACCAGCUGUCUCUACGUGUGAAGGCGUUGAAGAGGCAGGUGGAUGAAGGAGAGGAAGAGGUGGAGAGAUUGGAAGGAUUGCGGAGAAAAGCUGUAAGAGACAUGGAGGAACAAAUGGAACAGAAAGAGGCACUACAGACCCGAGUCACAGCGCUGGAGAACGAACUCAAGAGGAAGAUCCAGCAAGCCCGACAAUUAUCAGUUGGCUCUCCGGGUCUCAGCUCGGAUGAUGACGAUGACGACGGCCUGUUUGACUCGUCCACCAUCACUUCUAUCCUCACAGAAAGCAAUUUACAGACCAGCUCCUGCUAGAUGGAGAUACUGUGUGAGGGAAAAGUGCACUCUGAGAUAAUCUGGGUGAAUUGAGUGUUUGACGAUGAAAGACACUUUGUGCAGGUCAGCUUAAGGCAAGAUUGAUUUUACUGUAGAUAUACAAAGGCUCUUUUGUGAAUACUGGAAGUCAAAAAUGUAUACAAAUUAAGAAGUCUUGGACAUGCACUGUACAAAUAUUCAUACUGAACAAAUGUACAUACUGUACUGUGCUACGACUGAGCUGAAGAUCACAUUUAGUUCAAAGUGUUGUGUAGUUUGCACUUACCUGUAUCCAACAUAUACUACAGUACUGUGAUGCGACUCGCUGUGCAUUAAUGCGUGUUAGCCCCAUUUGAAAAUCACUGUCUUUUUAAAUGUGAAGGAAAUUUGCAAGGAAAUCGCAGCUUACGAUAUUUAAUUUUUUUUUAAGGCCACUCGUUUAACACCAAGUUUUGUGUAAAUCCUUGAAUAUUCUUUGAAUCCUUUUUUUUUUUUUUUACAUGUGAAUCAUAUAAUUCUUAAAAACUAUUAGCAAUUACGGUUUCUUUAGGGUCAUUUGGCAGAUCAAUGUUUCCCAUGUUUUCCACCAAGAUGUCCAUUUGCAUCACAUUUAACUAGAAGUUAACGUAAAGCUAAGUGAUGCAUCUUGUAAUAUUAUUCAUCUUGGUAGCUAUAAGAUUCAGUCACAUCACUAUUUUAUCCUUCCACAGUAUUCAGUAGUGAUGACUGGGUCUAUUAGUGCAAGUUUGCAAUGAAACUCCACUUCUCAGUCAAAACAUUUCACCAUUUCAGAUGUAUGUUUGCAAACUUUUAAGGGAGAUUUUUUUUUUUCCAAGAUUUGUACAUUUUCUCAUUUAUAAUUGAAUAUUAAUGGUGGGAUAAAAGUGUGGUCCGAUGGUUACAUUGCUAUCAUCACCCAAGCAUAUCACAACUGAGGCAAAAAUCUAUAUACUUGACUCCUAAGUCAGCAUUUAUGAAUAUAAAAUAAAGUAAAUUCUUUGCAAAAAAAAACUGAUGGUCUCCACUAAGGCCCAAAAGCCAAAUGCAUAAUUUGGAACCGCUUUUAGGUAACGCAGAGUGAAAUUUCAGAUAUCCUACUAACCCCAAAUUCCAAAUCUAAACCAUAUAAAUCAGUUGCUGUGAUUCAUCUAAACUUUGGUACAUCCCAAAGCAUUUACUUCUAGAAGUUACAUUUUAGAAUAAUACAAACUGAGGAAUGCUGCACUUUCAUUUUUUUUUUUUUUUGUAGCUGAAGCACUGAUUAUUUUAUAAAUUUUUAGUACAUUCGAAGACUAAACCACAGUCUUCCCAGAGCACAAAGACUAGAAGGAUGCUAAUGUACACAGUACUGGAACACUACUACUAUGUUAAUGAAGAAAACGCAUUCGGAUUUCAUGCUAAAUAUCUGGGAAACUAUUUUCGAUGCACUUGACCCAUGUCUUAUCACAUGCUCUUUAGGAGGCAUGUACUUUAAUUUGUGUGCGUUUGUGAACGUCUCUGAUAUGCACAGUACCGCAAGCAAAUUAGAACGAGCCGUUAUCCAAAACUCAACCUACACAUUCCAGGCGACGCUGCGUUCUAAAAUUAACUCGCUUGCAUUUCAUUAUAGUGUUUUAUUAGAUUAGACCAUCGCAUCAAAGAACAAAAACAAUUGUGUGGAAUUAUGUUUUUUUUGUAGAAAUACAUUAUAUUGUUCCACACGACCAACCGGUGGAAAUCAUGUACAAGCGUUUUAUGAUGUACCGCUUCACCUUUUAUGUACAGUCUCUCUGCUUAAACUCAUAAUGGUACGGCCUAAUGCUUUUAAAUGUCUGUUAAAUCAGUGUAUUUUUACAUAUUUUUAUGAAAAAUAAAUGAACCUUAAACACAA